AUGAUGAUGCAUAGACAUAAACAACAAACUAUGUCAGAAUUAAAACUUCGUAAAGGUAAACCAAGAGGAUUACAUAGUGCUCGUAAGUUACGUACUCAUCGUCGUGAAGAACGUUGGGCUGAUAAAGCAUAUAAAAAAAGAGCUUUGGGUACCGCCUUUAAAUCUUCACCUUUUGGUGGUUCUUCUCAUGCUAAAGGAAUUGUUCUUGAAAAAAUUGGUGUGGAAGCCAAGCAGCCUAAUUCUGCUAUUCGUAAAUGUGUUCGUGUACAAUUAAUUAAAAAUGGAAAGAAAGUAACAGCUUUUGUCCCUAAUGAUGGUUGUUUGAAUUAUAUUGAUGAAAAUGAUGAGGUUUUAAUUGCUGGUUUUGGUCGUAAAGGAAGAGCUAUUGGUGAUAUUCCUGGUGUUCGUUUCAAAGUGGUCAAAGUCUCUGGUGUAUCUCUUCUUGCUUUGUAA